GCAAAAGAAUGAAUGAUUCAGCCGGGAUUUGAACCCGGGUCGGGCGCAGAAUGCUAGGUGGCAAGCGCCCAUGAUACCCCUACACUACUGAGUCAUGUCUACAUAUGGUGUGGUACAUUUGUUAUAUCUAGUACCCACUCAGCACAGCAAGAUCUGAUUGAUGAUGCAAUUUCGAGUGCCUUAAUUAAUCUGGGUUACACAGAAAAAGUUCUCGCCGACUCACCGUCUCAUCUCCGCGCCAUUACAUAUUCCCGUUGACCCACUUUCCUCUCCUCCGCAUCCGCCUCUCUUCUUUGCCUCCGCAUAAGUUUUCGUUACGAGCUGCUGGUCAGAGUUCUUAAACUUUAUCGCAAUAGUCCACGAUGGCCGCCCUCCGCCUCGCAUCCAAACGGGUUCUAACCUCAGCGGCGAAGCUCCAGCUUCGCUCGGUAGCGGCCACUAACAGCUCCCUCUUCGUUGCCCGCGCCGCAUCGACCAGCAGUCUCCCUGCCGAAGCACGAGCCGAAUUCGUCAAAGAGGCCCGCCUUCCCAGCUUCGAUCCCCCCGCCGACUCUCAGAGCGCUGCGCUCGUGAGCCAACACCUGCCGUACAUGGUCGCAACCUACGCGCGGCCCCCGCAGGUCUUCGUCAAGGGCGAUGGAUGCUACCUCUACGAUAUCGAGAAUCGACGAUACAUCGACUUCAACGCUGGUAUCGCCGUCAACGCUCUCGGCCACAACGAUGCGCACCUGUGCAACCUUAUCUACGAUCAGGCAAAGCAGCUGAUUCACGUCAGUAACCUCUACCACAACCCUUGGACCGGCGCGCUGUCGCAGUUGUUGGUGGAGCGCACGAAGGAAAUGGGAGGGUUCCACAACGCUAGCAGGGCGUUCAUUUGUAACUCUGGAUCGGAGGCGAAUGAGGCGGCUAUCAAGUUUGCGAGGAAAGUUGGAAAGGCUGUCGGUGGUGAGAAGAAGGUGGGCAUCGUCAGUUUCGAGAACUCCUUCCACGGACGUACAAUGGGAAGUUUGAGUGCCACCCCGAACAAGAAGUACCAAGCACCCUUCGGACCCAUGGUGCCCGGGUUCUCCUACGGCAAGUACAAUGAUGUUGAGGGCAUCAAUGCGUUGGUCACUGAAGAGACUUGUGGUGUUAUUGUCGAGCCUAUCCAGGGUGAGGGAGGUGUGUGGACUGGUAGCGAAGUGUUCUUGACCAAACUGAGGAAGAGGUGUACCGAAGUUGGUGCGGUGUUGAUCUACGAUGAGAUUCAGUGCGGAGUCGGACGCACCGGAAAGCUGUGGGCCCACCAGUUCCUUCCUAAGGAAGCGCAUCCCGACAUCCUUACGAUGGCCAAGGCCCUUGGCAACGGUUUCCCCAUCGGCGCCACCAUGGUGAACGAGUGGGUGGCAGAGAAGAUCGUUACCGGUGACCACGGAACCACCUUUGGAGGUAACCCGCUCGCCUCGCGUGUGGGUCACUACGUCUUUGAGCGUAUCGCCAAGCCCGAGUUUCUUGCUGCUGUCGAGGAGAAGAGCAAGGUGUUCGUGAAACACCUCAAUGUCCUCAAGGCGAAAUACCCAGAGGUCAUAACGGAGAUUCGAGGCAAGGGUUUGAUCCUCGGAGCGCAGUUGGACCGGGAUCCUACGGCGCUUAUUAAGGAGUGCCGGGAGAGGGGCCUGCUCCUCAUCACGGCUGGUACCAAUGUGGUGAGGUUUGUCCCGCCGUUGGUGAUUGAGGAAAGUGUCAUAGAGGAGGGUAUGCAGAUUCUCGACGAGGCAUUGGCGGCGUUUGUGAAGAAAUAGAAUGGAGGUUUGUGAAGAAAUAGAAUGGAGGUUUG